GCCAAGAGUCGACUCCUGCAGAAGAGACUUCUGUGCUGUGUAGAAAUGACGGCUGUGGUGGUUUGUGCUGCUGGGCUCCUGCUGCUGUUUGCUUGGUUUUCUCCGAGCAGAGCUCUUUAUUUCCACAUUGGAGAGACGGAGAAGAAAUGUUUUAUAGAGGAAAUACCCGACGAGACCAUGGUGAUAGGGAAAUACAGGACCCAGCUUUGGGAUAAACAGACCGGCUCCUUCCUUCCAGCGACUCCUGGCCUCGGCAUGCAUGUUGAGAUUAAGGAUCCGGACACCAAGGUGAUUCUCUCCCGGCAGUAUGGUUCAGAUGGACGCUUCACAUUCACCUCCCACACCCCAGGAGAACAUCAAAUCUGCCUGCACUCCAACUCCACCAAAAUGGCUCUUUUUGCUGGAGGAAAGCUGAGAGUGCACCUGGACAUUCAGGUGGGUGAACACACCAACAACUACCCCGAGAUAGCAGCCAAAGAUAAGCUGACUGAACUGCAGCUGAGAGUGAGGCAGCUCCUGGACCAGGUGGAGCAGAUACAGAAGGAGCAGAACUACCAGCGGUAUCGAGAAGAGCGCUUCCGCAUGACGAGCGAGAGCACAAACCAGCGUGUUCUGUGGUGGUCCAUCGCCCAGACCAUCAUCCUCAUCACCGCCGCCAUCUGGCAAAUGCGGCACCUCAAGAGCUUCUUUGAAGCCAAAAAGUUGGUAUAAAGCUUUUCAGACAGAGACAGACUGCUUAUGGAAGAGGAGGGACGUGCAGACCGACACACAGCUCUGUUAGUCUGAUUUUUGUUAAACACUGAACCUUUAACUGCUAAAUGCUUCUGCUAAAGCCACACCCUGCGAAGAUUCAAGGAUUUAAGGUCUUUUCCAGACUCAGUACCUUGUAUACAGACUGUAACGAAACAGAGUCUGCUGAAAUGUUUAAACAGUCUUUAAUUUUUUUAAGGAGGAGCCAUAUAUUCAGCAGGCUUCAUAUUUUGUACAAAUAUUGCCAUUCCUUUCUGCGUAAAUCCAGUGAAGGUCAGAUUAAAUUAUGAAUCUGACUAAUGAACUUGAAUUUAGAGCAUAAUGCAAAUUAACUUCAACAACUUAAAUAUGAUUCGGCAAAGUCUGUUUUAGUAAAACUUAAAUCUAAAUUUUAGAAAAUACAAUUGCUAAAACAUUUUAGUCAGCAGUUCUUUCUGUUAUCUCAACAGAAUUAACCCAGGUCUUAAUUAGAAAAUAUGAUAAUUCAGUAUUAAUGGAAGAAUAUUGUUGCUCUCAAGUUAAAAGUUGUUAAAAAAAAAUCUUCAGAAUUUAAAAAUGCCAGCUGCCCAUUACAUUGUGUCAAUUUAUUGUCGAAUGGACCAAUAGAAACGGCUCAUAAUAUCUUCAAAGACAGUCAAAGGCUCCUUUUGAUAAUUACUUAUUCUGCUUCUUCAGUAAUUACCAUGGCCCUGGAGAUAUGAGGCUUUGUUUUCCGACAGCAAUGAAAAAUGUGAUGUCAUAGCUCAUAUACACUCCCAUCCUGAGGCCAAUCCUUUUAUUUUUGCUGUAGACUGAAAACAUAUGGAUUUGACAUUAAAAAAGGGAUAGUAGAUAAAAUAUCAACAUUUUAGCUUUUAUUUUUUUAGGUACUUCUAUCUGGAUCUAAUGCACAGUUCAAAAGAUAGCACCUUCUGUCUGAACCUACACAUUUUGGAACAUGCAAGCUGUCUGAGUUAAAAACAAGCAAUUUUGAAGCUGAGAGAAGAUGGAAAAAUGAAUCAGAACCAUUAUACAAAUGUGGCCUUAUCCAGUACAACCAUUUAAAAUGUCCUGAAGAAGAAAGUCGUCACUGGUGUACUAAAUGACAGAUUUCAAACAGGUAGACCAAGGAAAACUACAGCAGUUGAUGACAACCUCCAGAGGGCAGUACUGUAGGUAUCAAUCUACUGUUAUCAGAAGACUCUAUGAACAAAAGAACAGAGGAUUCACCAGAAGAUCCAUCUGCUAAUCAGCAGGAGUAUUAGACACUGUGGUCAGAAAUUGUGGGAAAAAGUUUUGCGGACUGAUGGGACAAAGAUUAUUAUUUUUUAUUAAAUUUUCCGCUGAUGAUCCCAAAAAUACCAGAUUCUGAUAUCUGUAAAACACAGUGAAGGUAGUGUCAUGGCUUGGGCUUGCAUGAGCUUCUGGGAUGGGCUCAUUAACUCUAACUAAAUCUUUAUUGAUGCACAAAUUUAUUUGUUCCACUACUCAUUAUAAGAAAAAUCCAAAUCGAAAUGUAAAUACAGCUAAAAAUACAGUGGAAAUGUUGGUCUUUCACUAAACCCAAUGUUUUUAAUCGGCAGCAUAAAUAAAAGGAUUGGCUUCACUGUUCCAGUACUUUUGGAGGGGAGUUUAUGGAGACGGCAUUGUGUUUGCAGGUGUUAUAUUUGUAAUCACGGUUGUGGCAGAGCAGUGUUCAGUGGCCAAAAUGCAUGAUAAUGUUUUUUGUAUUUUUUUAGGACCCUGCUUCAUUCUAUUCCACAGUGCAGACUAUCACCUUUCUUUGUUGUUUUAAAUGUGUAUAUAUUGCUUCUAAAUCAAAUCUACCUGUUUUGUUGAUUGGACUCAAUACAGUCAUUUCAGAACUUCAGCUACAGAAUCAUUGAAACAGUUUGUUCUCAUUUAAAGUCAGUAUAUAUUUCUCUAUCUAUCUUAAAUGUAUACUGACAGGAGUGAAGAUGAGAUGAACACGCGUUUAAUUGUCCGACUUCAGUGCAUAACUCAUGUAGUAUUUCUACACAUUCUGCUUUAAACUCAAGCUAGUUGUAGUGUUGCAGUUUUAUAAAUAUUUUGUACAGAAAAACAUGUACAUUGAAACCCUGUUUUAAAAUGUGAAUUUUGAUUCUUGGUUGACAUGAUUUUACAUGUAAAGGAAGCAGCUCAGCAUCUCACAUUCUUUGUGUUAAAUAAAAGUCUGUUGAACAUACCACUAUUUUGCAAUGUACAAUGCAAGUAUGGUAAUACAGGUAUCAUUAAAAGCAUGUCAGUAUGCUCCAAAACUGGGAUUAUGUCUAAGUUAAUUUUAUUUGUUUGUUACAAAAUGUUUAUUUGAUGGGAUGAUGAAGGGUUUGUACAAUUUCUCUGAAUUUAAGACUUCCCUUUUUGUUGUACUUGAAAUAAAACAAUUGAAAAUGUC